AUGAUGUCUUUCACGAAGCUUGUGCUGCUGUUAACUGUAUGUUGCACUGCAAGAACCACCUUUGGCUACAGAUUGUACAAAAUAAACAAAAGCUAUUCUUGCAACAACGAGCUGCUUUCUGAAGCAAUGAAGGAUGAACCUACAGAAAACUCCUCGCUGAAGGAUAGAAGCUUCACCUACCUACCAACUGACACAUCUUCAUUUGCUGAAGAAAAAGAGAAAAGGACAUUGCCAUUUGCUCGAUAUAGAUAUCUCAACCGAACACAAUUAAAAAGAAAAAUGUACCAAAAUAAUGCAAGGAACAAUCGUCGAACCAAGUUCACCCUGUCCCUAGAUGUGCCCACGAACAUUCUCAAUAUUCUUUUAAACAUCGCAAAAGCUAAAAGCAUGAGAGCAAAAGCAGCGGCAAAUGCUCGCCUGAUGGCACAAAUUGGUAGAAGAAAGUAG